AUGGCGGACGCAAAUACGAAAGGCGACGAGGACCUAAAAGUUACUUUACAGAAAAUGCCAGAAAACAAACUGAAGAUAGCAAAAUUUUUUCUGCCGUUAUUGAUGGUUAUAGCAUGUACCUUGCUUUGGUUGUGUUGGUGUCAAAAGGUUACAUUUAUACAAUCCGGUCAUUUCUUGAGUGAAAGAAUAUUUUUUGAAGAAUCGGAAAACAAAAGUUUGAAGUAUUCCAUUCGGUAUCCUGUCAAAACAUGUGAUACAAAUAUGACUUACGUAGACUUCAGUGAUAGUUUAACAGUCAAAGAGAGCGCUCGCGUCAAAGAAUGCAUAGACACAUUCGAGACGGAUAUGUUACGGGGACGUGGAGAAGAGGACGCUUUCAGGUCAAAAAGAUGGUCGAUUCACAACUACUUAACCAGGGAUAGUCUUGUGAUAGAUGCAGGGGGGCACAUUGGACUCGACGUGGAGGAAUUCAACACACGCUUCCAUCCUGGCACAUACAUUAUUCUAGAACCAAUUGAAAUGUUCUAUAACAUGUUAAAGGUCAAAUUUAGAACCUUUUCAAACAUAAUAAUUUACAAGUUUGGAAUUGACGCAUUUGACGGUACGUUUUACGUUGAUGAAAAGAAUGAUGGGUCAUCAAUAUUCUUUAAAGACAAAAAUGCUACAAGUGUCAAACAGGCAGCAAAAAUUGUGAACGCUAAGAGAUUUUUUGAGAAACUCUCGGUGCGAAGUCGCGACGUAGACCUAAUCACAAUGAACUGUGAGGGAUGUGAAUACGCAGUACUGGACCUUUUGCUUGCGACAGACUACAUACAUCACUUCCGGAACAUUCAGUUCCAACCUCAUAGAAUUCCAAGAAUCUGCUACCCCAUCAAACGGUACUGUUGGUACCAAGAACUAUUUCAAAAAACACAUAAGCUUUCCUACCAGUUCAAAUUUGUAUGGGAGAGUUGGAGACGAAUAUAA